AUGAUCGACAUUGCAGCGUUGCAGGUGUACGAGAGUACUUUGCAGUAUAAGCGAGGAAGUGAGUACAGAGGAUGCACGAUCGCGAGGUAUAAAAGACAACAGAUUAAAAUCCGUCUCUCUGCUCAGCAUUUCAUCAUGCUUCUCACAGCUCUUGCCCUCCCAAUCGCAGCCAACGUGCUCGCGGCAAAUGCGUUCCCCCUCGUCGCAAGAGCAACCUAUCCGAUCACCGGCAACGGGGUCAACUGCCGCUCAGGCCCCGGUACCAGCUACGAUGUCGUGACCUCGUACACCAAGGGAACAGAGGUUUCCAUCUCCUGCCAGACCUCCGGUACCUCGGUCAAUGGCAACAACAUCUGGGACAAGACCGGAGAUGACUGCUAUGUCGCCGACUACUAUGUCAAGACUGGCACCGACGGAUACGUAACCGACAAGUGCGAGGGUGAUGAUGAUGGCGGCGACGACGGUGGUGACACCGGCGGCAACCUUCCUGGCCUUGGUGCCACCCAGUCUGCCCACGCGAAGAAGAUCAUCGCGCAGGCUAAGAAGCAGGACGUGGGUAGCCACGGAUGCCAGGCUGCUAUCGCGACUGCUUUGGUUGAGUCCUCAAUCUACGUCUACGCCAACAGAGCCGUCCCCAAAUCCCUUAACUACCCUUACGACAAGAUCGGCAGCGACCACGACAGCGUCGGUAUCUUCCAGCAACGCGCCAUGUACUACGAUGUGGCGAAGGCGAUGGAUCCCGCUGGGUCCGCCAAGCUGUUCCUCGACAAGAUGGUUGGUAUCAGCGGCUGGAAGACCAUGGCGGUUGGUAAGCUUUGCCAGAAGGUGCAGGUGUCGGCGUACCCGGAUCGGUAUGCCGAGCGCGUUGCUGAAGCCAAGAAGAUUUGCUCUGCUGGCGGUCUCUGA